CUAAGUGGUCCCUUCUUAAAACUAUUAAGAUAUCCUUUUUCGCAAUGAGAAGUUGUAUUAAAAUUUUCCUGAGGCUGACGGCGCUCUUGGUUUGCUUGAUAUCCUGUCAGGCUUCACUGGAAAGGGAAAACCUCGGAGGCAAUAGCAUGGCAAACCACAAGCUGAGCGGGGUUAUACACUGGAAGUAUGAAAAGCGACCAUUUUGCAAUGCUUUUACAGGAUGUGGACGCAAGCGUACUUAUCCCUCUUAUCCACCUUUUUCACUAUUCAAACGCAAUGAUGUCGAAGAUAAGCCGUAUAACAAUGAGUAUUUGUCUGAGGGCUUAAGUGAUCUGAUCGAUAUUAAUGCCGAACCCGCUGUGGAAAAUGUGCAGAAGCAAAUCAUGUCGCAGGCAAAAAUCUACGAGGCCAUCAAGGAAGCCAGCAAGGAAAUCUUCCGGCAGAAGAACAAACAGAAAAUGCUGCAGAACGAAAAGGAAUUGAGAGAAUUGGAGGAGCGUGAGAACAACUAAAUCGGAUUAAUUGGAACAAUUGGAUGACUGGAAAACAAAAAUGACUGAAAAAACAAACAAAAAAAUUGACUGGAUAGUUACCACACUGGUUUUGUUAUUGUAUAUAAUAUCUUUAUCUAUGACUCUUUGAAUUGUGAAAGAUUCUA